AUGAAGAUUGUUGUUGUUGGUGCGGGUGUCAUCGGCCUGACCACCGCCUUGAUACUCAAGCGCAAGCUGAACUGCGACGUCGUCGUCGUUUCCAAGGAAAUACCCGGCGACGCAGACCCCAUCUACACCUCCACCAAGGCAGGAGCACAGUGGUCCAGCUCUCCGGGCAACAAGCGCGCGGAGUUUUCGUACCGGAUCUUCGACGAGCUGAGCAAAGUUCCAGAGGCCUGGGUUACCAAAAUCCCGCUCUACAAGGGAGAAAUCGACCCAAAGCGGCCUGCUACAGAGCCAGAUCUCAAGUCGUUUGUGGACAAUUACGAGUGGAUCGGCGAGGACCAGCAAAAAUUCCCCGGUGUCAGCCACAUUUACAAGUUCGACACCUUCACCAUCUCUCCUCCACAGUACCUCGCGUACCUGGCGAACGAGCUGCUCAAGCUUGGCGUGGCUAUUCAGCGCGGUGUGGUGCGCAACUUCGAGGACGUCGCCGCCGACUACGUCAUCAAUUGCACGGGAAUCCAGUACAACAACAUCGACGGAUGUCAUGACGCGGCCCUGCGUCCUAUCAGAGGCCACACACUGCUGAUCGAAAACACGCUGCCGUACCAGGUUAUGUUCAAGGAGAAUAAUCCGGUCGAAGAGGGUGAGUUUCUCAUGCUGUUCCCUCGUAAAGAGGGCUGUGCCGUGCUGGGGGGCAUCUACGACGCACACUCGCCGGCAUUCGACACGUCUGUGCACGCCGACUACGUUGAAAGGCUCCAGGCCAAGGCGACCAAGCACCUUCCUGAGCUGCAGGGCGAGAUCCGCGUCCUCAAGCACAACAUCGGGUUCCGGCCGCACAGGGAUGGCGGCGUGCGGAUCGAAUUCGAUCCGGAAAACCCAAAACUGAUCCACAAUUACGGGUGCAGCAACCUGGGCUUUACAGAGAGCUGGGCCUGUGCGCAGGAAGUUUUUGACCUCAUUAAAUAA